AUGGAGGACAGUUCCAAGGAGGCUCUGAUGGAGGAGGCACCCCCGAGCUACACGGCCUCCCCACACCUGCCCUGCAUCCCCCACCAGCUCAAGUCCCUCCUGGUGGCAGUGGUGACAGUGGUCACCUUGCUGGUGGUCAUCGUCACCUUCCUCCUCCUGGGGCUGCACAUCACCGAGACACACGCCGAGACGGUCUUGAGAAUGACCAUCCAGGGCCUGGGGGGUGAGGGGACCCCCCAGCACCUCUCCAUGAGCAAGAGGGAAAGGGUGGGGACGUUCGCGGCGCGGGACGGGCUCAACGCCUCGGCCACCGUGGUGUAUGACUACAGCAAGCUGCUGGUCAGCUACAGGUCCUGGAGUCACCCUGCCUGCUACAUCACCCGGGUGGACAAGGACAACAUCCCGGGGUUGGACGUUGUCACCCAAAGCUUCCAGCGUCGGCAGGCUGAGAUGAAGGAGGCUGGGGAGAAGGUGGUGGCCCUGGCUGACCGUUCCAUCCUGGGCACCAGUGUCAACAUCCUCUGCAGCUCUGUCCCCGUCUACUGGGUGUAG